AUGUGGGACACCCCAGAGGAUUGUACGGCGGUUGUACAGGUAAUGGAGGAAUAUGAAAGGCUUGCAAGGCCCACUAUAAUAGGACGAUUGAAUUUUGACGAAACGCCGUCGCCAAAAUUUAGCUCCAGUUUCAAGGCACAGACAAAUAACAAAAGCAGCAAGACGGACUAUUCGUUCGCCCGUAGAAGUUCUAAAGACAGGGAGAAAGAUGUGGCGCUGUUGUGUGCAAAAGGCAAAAUAUCACAACUAGAAAAUGAGUCGAAACUCAUGAUGACUGAACGAAAACGGGCAAGAAUUGAACAGGAUAAAGAAGGCGAGAUACAUCAAGGUAAAUAA